AUGGCUCACAUCUUUCGCGCCGUUCGACCCCUCAUAAAUCCAAAGGGCUACAAUAAAAAGCUAGUUUUUUGCCUGGCGACACGGACUAAUGCUCCGCAGAGUACCGUGACCUCAGUGCCUCAGUCACGCACGGUUGUUUCAGAUGCUACCGCCGAAUCCUCAUCUUCAAGCAGCAACUUGCCGCAGUUUGCUACAUUUGAAGCUCUUCUAAAGGCCUGUGGAGGACCGGAAGACCCAGUGUAUAAACGUCUGGUGGAGCGCAGCACAGCAGCGUAUAAUGAAGAGAGAGAGAGCGUGGAUGCCCACUUAUUACCUCUGCUGAAGCAGAACAGAGUCGUGUUGUUCAUGGAAGGCACAGUAGAUAGGCCUAAAUCUCUCGCAUCCAUGAACGUUGUCAAAAUGCUGACACAGCUCCAGAGUGUGCCUCUCAUGGCAAUCGACGUCACCACCCAUCCGGCUAUACUGGGAUUCGCGCUAACUCAUGGGAAGAAGACCCGAUGCCCGUUCCUAUUUCUUGAUGGCGUUUGCCUUGGUUCUCACGACACAUUGGUGCAGCUUUACCAAAGCGGAGUUCUGGCGAAGCAAAUUGCAGGCCAACUGCCUCCGACGAGCCCAUAUUUCCCUGGAGAGCUACCCAUUGCGUUGUACUGA